CUCAUUUUCUGGAAGAGACUGACUAGGAAGACUAUGAACAAGAGAUCUUCCCAGCUCUAAAUUCCUAAGAUCAUUUUCAAAGACUCAGAAUCUACUGCAUAAUCAUGAUCUCAUCACCCAGUCAGUCUGUGGAAGAAUCCACUGAAGAAGUCGUACCGAAGAAGAAAGUUCAGGAACUUAAACCUCCCCCCCCACCAAAGAGCAAAGUGAAAACAUUUCUGAGAAAGGAGCUGGAGUUCCUGGGGGUGACUCAAACCGUCAUUGGCUUUAUCUGCUUCUUCUUUGGAAUAACUCACAUAUUGAUUCUGAAACUUGUAGACCCCAAAAUUGUUGCUUUCUCAUCAUUCUCUAAGGGCUAUCCAAUAUGGGGAGGAUUACUGUUCACCAUUUUGGGAUUUUUAUUGAUUUCAUUUGAAAGAAAAUACAUCAAAUACCUGAAAAUUAAAGUGAUAAAGGGAAGCCAUGUAGCUAAAGAUGCCUAG